AUGUCCAAAACACCAACAAUCAUGCCAAACCUAAAAGCACCAUUACGCUGGGCGAAACGAGACGAGAUACUCCGUAUGGGUCUUAUCAGUUACGUAGGUUUUCAGUCAACUCCUGACUUCACUUGGCUAUCUCCUUAUCACAAGCAAUAUCCCGAAGAUGCACUGAUGUUCGAGAGGGUCAUGACUCGACAAUAUCUUGAGGAUACUGCCACCGCUUGCAUAGUGAUUGAGGACACUCCCAUGGCAGACGAGGCUAGCUUUUCGGAUGCGAUAGUUCCUGCUGAUGACCCUGCUGUGGCAUCAUCCGUUAAAGGUAAGCAAGAUAGUGAGAACGUCGUGGUAGGGUUCGCGAUAUGGUCCCUCGAGAACGAUAGUGUUGUUGAACGAGUCGAACAAUACAGAAUGAAGCACGAAACAGAUGACAGUUCGUGGCCUAAUAUUCCCGCUACCCCGUUUGAAUGCCUGAAACGAGACCAGCAUCAGGAUCAUGGUCGUAUAUUGGGUAACCUGCAAUACAAUUUGGUCAGAAAACACCUUACAGAUUGUGGUCUUAGGCUGCAAAUGCUCGUUGUCCAUCCAGCAUAUCAGCGACGUGGCCAUAGCAAAGCACUUCUCAAUUGGGGUAUGGAGUUCGCAAAACUCGAUAUCGAACCAGUGGGGGUGGUAGCUGCAGACUCCGGAAUGCCACUAUACGCAGCCAUGGGUUGGGUUAGUAUCCAUCCGUACGAGGUAGCAGGAGACGAAAUUGCACCCGAGGGAACCAAGGGCUGUAUCAUGAAGUUUUAUCCACAGAUAGAGCAGGGAAGCGAGAUUCUGCUGAACAGUGGUAGGUCGAGUCGAAACAGAUCGUCGAGUCGAGUAGCUGUUAGAGCCAAUAAUUAA